CGACAUCGCGUGACAAACACUCUCAUCGUCAUGGUCUACGAGGAGUUUCCUAUAUAAAUGUCAACCCCACCCAUCAUUGGUUCACGCCAGAGAUUGUCUGAGAUCGAUAGACCAUAACGACGCGACGCCUUUGUUUGCCAUCGUAGCGUUUUCGUACUUCCUUCCCCGUUGAGAAGCUAAUCCAAUUCAACCUGCAGAGACAUUAUUAUAUCAGCGCUAGUUCAAUUUUCUAGCAUUGUGGGAGAGCGAAGCAAUCCUCUUUCUUUUUCUGUGCUUCUGGCCGAUUGUGUUUGCUGUCGCUGAUAAUGUCGUCAGAGAAGUCAAGGAAAGUGUUCGAUCCAGAAGCAGCGUCUUUGCUUGUGGAGGAGCUGAGGGGCACCUUCGCUUCUGGCAGGAUGCGAAGCUACGAGUGGAGAGUUUCGCAGUUGAAGGCCCUUUCUAAGUUGGUCGAUGAUCGUGAGCAACAGAUUAUCGAGGCUCUCCGCUCCGAUCUCUACAAGCCCCCGCUUGAAACCGUCGCCUACGAGAUUGCUAUGCUGAAAAAUUCAUGUAAAGUUGCACUGAAAGAACUGAAACAUUGGAUGAAGCCGGAAAAGGUCAAAACUUCAAUCGCUACUUUUCCUUCUUCAGCAGAAAUAGUGUCGGAACCUCUGGGGGUUGUGUUAAUCAUCUCGGCAUGGAAUUAUCCAUUUUUGUUAUCACUUGAUCCAGUCAUUGGAGCUAUUGCAGCUGGUAAUGCGGUGGUGCUUAAACCGUCAGAAAUUGCUCCGGCCACAUCAUCGCUGAUGGCAAAAUUGCUAGAGGAGUACAUGGAUAAAGCAUCUAUAAAGGUCGUUGAGGGGGCAGUCGAUGAAACAUCUGCUCUGCUGCAGCAAAAGUGGGACAAAAUUUUCUACACAGGUAAUGGAAGAGUGGGACGCAUAGUGAUGGCUGCUGCUGCAAAACACCUUACGCCGGUUGUUCUGGAGCUUGGAGGGAAAUCUCCAGUUGUUGUUGAUUCAGAUAUCAAUUUACGAGUAGCUGCUAGACGGAUAAUUGUGGGCAAGUGGGGUUGCAACAAUGGACAAGCCUGCAUUUCGCCAGAUUACAUUCUAACAAUAAAAGACUUUGCCCCCAAGUUGAUUGAUGCCCUAAAGACUGAAUUGGAGAAAUUUUAUGGAGAAAACCCAUUAGAAUCAAAAGAUUUGUCCCGCAUUGUGAAUUCGAAUCACUUUGCUCGCUUGACAAAGCUGUUGGAGGAUGAUAAGGUCGCUGGUAAGAUUGUUUAUGGAGGACAGAAGGAUGAAAGCAAAUUGAGGAUUGCUCCCACUAUUUUAUUAGAUGCUCCUCGGAAUUCUUUGAUAAUGAAGGAGGAGAUAUUUGGUCCUUUACUUCCCAUUAUCACGGUCAAUAAAUUGGAAGAAAGUUUCGAUGUGAUUAAUUCAGGAACAAAACCCCUCGCUGCAUAUUUAUUUACCAACAACAAGAAGCUCAGGGAGCAGUUUGUGAUGACCGUAUCUGCAGGGGGUUUGGUUGUCAAUGACACUGCCGUGCAUCUCGUCAACCAUACUUUGCCAUUUGGAGGAGUGGGGGAGAGCGGAAUGGGUUCAUACCAUGGGAAGUUCUCGUUUGAAGCCUUUAGCCACAAAAAAGCAGUUUUGUAUCGCGGUUUCGUGGGAGAUGCCUCAGUGAGGUACCCUCCGUACACUAAUACAAAGCUCAGGUUGCUCAAGGCUUUGAUUGGCGGCGGUAUACUUGGUAUAAUCCGUGCCAUUUUUGGAUGGUCUUAAGUUUAAAUUGCCUUGAAACUUGGCCGGCAAUGAUGAUACACCUUUCACUCUGGCUUGCUUGUAAUUUAAUGCGCAGUUUAACUUUAUUUGAUCUCGUGUCUAUGAGAGUAAAUUGAACACCAUUCAUUAUUUUGUGUAUGUGAGUGCAUGCAUUUUUCUGUGAAAUUGAGACGCCUUCUGAUUGUUGUGUCUUAA